AAGACUGACUGACAGGUGGAACACAUCGGGACGCUUUACUGACGUACGAGAAGAAAGCGGGCGAGCGAGGUGUCUGGGAAGGGGCUGCAUAACUCGCUGUUGUACUACAUGGCUAUCUGGGAUGGAAACAUGCGGAGGAAUUUUUGGAGGGAAAAGGGGAGAGCGAGCUAGAGAGAAAGAGAGAGAGAGAGAGAGAGAGAGAGAGAGCAGAGGAAGGUGGUAUGAGUGAGGGCCGUCAGUCUCAUUGGGGAUCGAAAGAGAGAGAGCACAGAUAUAAAAAUACUCAGUAGCAAGCAACUGAUACUCACACUCGCACGGCGACAUCUGAUUAACUGCCGUCGAUCUCAGUUGUGCGUCGAUAACAAGCAACAGACAGUUUGACUCAGAUCUCAGCUCUGUCCAGAUGGGAAAGAGACAGUGAGAGAGAAACUGACUGUUUCCAGGACGUCCUGAAAGACCUGCAGCGCGGGACAAUGACUUCUGCACCUAAUGAACUGGACGAGCUGUGCUACCUCACGGCCCAGUCCAUGACAUCACUGGUGACAUCACAGCACUUCAAGCUGAUCAAAAAGCUGGGAGAGGGCUCGUACGGCAAGGUGAUGCUGGCGGUGCACCAGAGGAGAGGAACCCCGAUGGCUCUGAAGUUCUUCCCCCGCCGCUCCACCACUCUCCAAGCUUUCCUGCGGGAAUACAACCUCUCCGUCUCCUAUUGCACACAUCCUUCUCUAACACGGGCUCUAGGCAUCUUCUACUCCACUCCUUCUCACUAUGUCUUUGCCCAGGAGGCUGGUCUCUAUGGCGACCUGUAUGACGUCAUCGUGUCAGAGGAGGGGGUGAGUGAGGAGUCUGCACAGCGUGUGAUGUCUCAGCUGAGCGGUGCUGUGUCUCAUCUUCAUUCUCUUGGCUUUGUGCACCGUGACAUCAAGCCAGAGAACAUCUUCCUGUGCGACCGCGCUUGUCGCUGGGUCAAACUGGGCGACUUUGGCCUGGCUCGAGCACAAGGGACCGAGGUCCGUGCUGUGUGGUACAACUCCCCUUUCUGUGUGCCUGAGGUGGAGGGAGCCAAGACAGCCAGCGAUGCAGAGGAAGCGGAGGACAUCUGGAUGUCCGUGGAGCCCAGUUUGGAUACUUGGGCUUUGGGGAUCCUCAUAUACUGCCUGCUGACGAGCUGCUUCCCCUGGGAGGAGAGCACUUCUGAUGACCCCUCCUACUGCUCGUACAGAGACUGGUUCAACCGAAUUCAGCAGAGAGAGAAGACACAAGACACUGAGGCCGAAACUGAUGUGCCCCCACAGUUUGACUCUUUAAGCUCCUUCGUUCUUACGUUGCUGAGAAAGCUGCUGAACCCGCUGCCCCGGCUUCGGCCCGGGCCUGAUGAGAUCCUGUCUUACCUCGGAGGACCUUGGUUACUGAAGACAGAGAAAGAGGAGAAGAGGAGAGAGCAGGAGGCACAAGUAGAGGCCAAGAAGAUGCUUGAGAGAGGAGGGGUGGAAGGGGAAAAAGAGAUGUUGGGACGGAGGGAGAGAUAAAGUUCAUGCACGAUAGCAAUAUUAUAAACAGAUGUACUUUAUUUUCAGGAUGUUAUAUAUAGCGUUUAUAUUUUGGAAUAUUAGUUUUUUAUAUCAGUAGAAUAAUUUUAUUAUAAAUCUGGAGAAACUUGGACAAUGGAUCCAAAGCGUUUGAACAACUGUACAAGUAUUAAUGUAAUCGCAUAAAAAACUAUUAUAUAUUAAUAGAUUUAUAAUUUAAUAUAUAAUUUGGCCACAUAGAAUAUAUAUACUUUUUUGUAGCUUUUACAGAUAUAAUAUAUACUUUGUAUAUGGUAUAUUCUAAAAUUAUAUUUAGAAUUAUAUAAAUGCGGUACCAUUAAAGCAUUUGGGGUUGAUUUUUUAAACUGUAUUAAAAGACGUUUCUUAUGCUUACCAAGGCCGCUUUUAUUUGCUCAAAACAGCUACAUGAAACGUUACAAUUGAAAACGUAUCUAUUUGAAUACCUAAAAGCAAAAUUUUCAGCAAUCUUCAGUGUCACACGAUCCUGCAGGAAUCAUUCUAAUAUGCUGAUUUGGUGAUCAAACAUCUAUUAUUUUAUUAUCAGUGUUGAAAACAGUUGUUGCUUCUAACAAUGUACUUUUCAAGACAAUUUUUGUCCAUUUUCUUUUUAGAUCAUUAAUGUCCGCACUUUUUUCCUUACAAUAACGGCUCAGUGUUCGGAUACUUCAGCUACAAUAACUGUUUCUCACAAUGAGCUGGUAAUACUAAAAUCAACAGUAUUGCCAACAGCCUUCUCAGGUGCAAUGCAUAAGUAUUCACUCAACAUGUAGAGAGGAAAACAGGUAGGUGUAGAUUAAUAACGCUCAUCAGAUGUGGGUGGAAUACUUAAACACUGUUUCUACCUCAAACCAGCUGUUUUGAUGCACAUGUAAAUAUGUUUAUAUGUGAUUGAAUAAACUUGUUUUGGUGACUCA